GGAACAGCCAUGAGGAAGUCCACAGCUGUGCCUCUGGGUGGCCAGGACGCCCACGGCCCGGUAUAAAGGCGGCCCAGGCAAGGAGCCUCCAGACAUCCCUGCCCUCCUCCCUCCCGGACACCGGCCGAGCCCCACACCAACAUGUGCCACACCAGCUGCUCUGCGGGCUGCCAGGCUUCCUGCGGCUCCUCCGGCCCCGGCCAGGCAUCCUGCUGUGUGCCCGUGAGCUGCAAGCCCGUGUGCGUGCCCGUGAGCUGCAGACUCGCCGUGUGCGUGCCCGUGAGCUGCAGGCCCGAGUGUGUGCCUUCCUGCCAGUCCUCCACAUGCGUGCCCGUGAGCUGCAGGCCCGCGUGUGUGCCCUCUUGCCAGUCCUCUGUGUGCGUGCCCGUGAGCUGCAAGCCCGAGUGUGUGCCCUCCUGCCAGUCCUCCACGUGCGUGCCCGUGAGCUGCAGACCCACCGUGUGCGUGCCCGUGAGCUGCAGACCCACUGUGUGCGUGCCCGUGAGCUGCAAGCCCGAGUGUGUGCCCUCCUGCCGGCCCUCCUGCCCCACCCUGGUCUGCAGACCCGUGUGCUGUAGCUCCCCGUGCUGCUUCUGACCAGGGGUCUCCUAACACCUGCUCCGGGGGCAGAGGGGGCCCCACCCGUGCCCCUCCGGUGAGGACCAAGUCUUCGCCCGGCCUCCAGUUCUGCGCGUGGCAGCUCAAACAUUCCCGAUGAGUCGUCUGAACCCUGGGGCGAGGACGGAGCAGGACGAGCCGGGUCCCCCUGUGACCCUGCGUGUCUCCGCCAGGGUCCUUCUCUGUCUCCGGCAGGGAACCCAGCCCGUGUGAGCCCAAUAAAUCGUGCCUUCCUGA